UUCAGAAGCUGUCUCAGGGCCUGUGGCACCGCCUGUGGCAAAAGGUGAUGACACUUCAAAAGACGACAAAGCACGUGGGAAAAGCACCCACAAGAGCAGUGAUAAAAAUAAACAAGAUGCAAAAAAAGCAAAAAAGAGUCGAUCUAAAUCUCUUUCCAGAUCACGAAAGCGGAGAAAAAAGACAAGGUCACGCUCUACUUCUAGGCAGGUUACCUCUAAAAGAGCAAGUUCUAGGAGCAGGAACCUCUCAGAUUCUCGGAAAAAUCAUUCUGCAUCGCAUCGCAAGUCCAGAUCUCGGUCUGUUGAAAGAAGGGAUCCCAAAGAGUCUUCAAGGAGAUCAAGACACAGACGCUCCAAGUCCUCUGAUCAUGAUGGGUCCCGAUCCCGGUCUGCGGAAAAAAGAGAUCGUAAUGAGUCUUUACGGAGAUCCAGACGCAGACGUUCUAGAUCUUCUGACCGCUACAAAUCUAGGUCAAGAUCUGUUGAAAGAAGAGCUCGUGCAGACUCUCCAUGGAGAUACAGAUGGAAUCGUUCCAGGUCCUCAGAUCGCUACAAGUCUAGAUCAAGAUCUGUUGAAAGACGAGGUCGAAGAGAUUCCCCUUGGAGAUACAGGCGCAAUCGCUCCAGGUCCUCGGAUCGCUCCAAGUCUAGAUCCCGGUCUCUGGAUAGAAGAGGUCACAGAUAUUCUCCUUGGAGAUAUAGGCACAAUCGCUCAAGGUCUUCAGAUCACUCUAAAUCUAGAUCCAGAUCUAUUGGAAGAAGAGGUUGUAGAGACUCUUCACGGAGGUCGAGGCGCAAACGCUCUAGGUCCUCAGAUCAUUAUAAGUCUAGGUCCAGGUCACUGGGGAAGAGAGAUAGAAAGGAGUCUUCUCGGCGGUCUAAACAUAAACGUUCCAAGUCUUCGGACCGUUACAAAUCUAGGUCUAGAUCUGAUGGAAAAAGAGGUUGCAGAGACUCUUCACAGAGGUCGAGACGCAGACGUUCCAGGUCCUCAGAUGAUCAUUACAAGUCUAGAUCCAGGUCUGUGGGAAGAAAAGAGAGGAAGGAAUCCUCACGGCGGUCUAAACGUAAACGCUCCAAGUCCUCUGAGCAUUAUAAAUCUAGAUCCAGAUCUGUUGACAAAACAGGGGGCAAGGAGCCUUCACAGAGGUCUAAACGUAGACGAUCCAGGUCUUCAGCCCAUUACAAAUCUAGAUCCAAAUCUCUUGACAAGCGGCAGGGCAAAGUGUCGUCACAGAAAUCUGAAAGUAGACGCUCAAAGUCUUCUGAAUGUGACAAACCUAGAUCUAAAUCUGUUGAAAAAAUUGAAGGCCAGAAGUCUUCAGUAGAGUCCAAAAAUAGAUGUUCUGAGCUUUCUGAAGGCCAAGAGUCAGGAUCCAAAUCUGUUGAAGAAAUGGGGGCCCCAAAAUCUUCUUUGGAGUCUGAAGAUAG